UUUUCAGUCUUAUGCUUCGAACAGCCGGAGAUAUUAUCAUUCUUUCAGGAGCUGCUGAUAGCUACUCUCCAGGAGCCAUGGAUCGCCUCGUCCACUGUUUGGUCCAAUUUGUCGUAUUUGGACUCGUCAUCGCUUCUGGGAGUGAACAGGACUGCCCAGUGGAACAUAUCUGCAACGAUUUCGGAUUAGAAUUACUGAGUUCCAACACUGGUGAAGCUGCCUUUUGCUCGAGGGCUGGUGCGAAGCCACGCUGUCCAGGAAUUGAUAUCAAUGGUGAUCAGUUCAUCCGUCAGACAAGCUCUUCUUCAGAACCUGCUGCUCCAACUGCUUCGACAAGUUUAACCCAAGAAAGCACACACACUUCACCAGAGACGCAUCCUGAAACGACACGGUCUUCUGAACCAGAAACCAGCAAAGGAACUACGGUCAUUUCUACAGGGACAACCGCCGCUCUGAAAGUCACAACUCAUGACAUGACAACUAUAUCACCUGCGUCAGUAGCCACUUCAACACCAAGAGCCUGCGAAGAACUUUCUUGUACAGGUAGGACAGAAGGCAAAAUCUAUGCUUAUCCUGAAUGCAACUGCAAGAAGUACUUCGUGUGUGUUGACACAGGGACAGAAAGGGGACUUGUUUACCACACAUACCGAUGUCUGGGAUCUGCUGUGUUUGAUAAAAACAGUAACAAAUGCACAACGAACCAAACAGUAUGUCCUUUCUAGGUCUUGACAAAUGCCGAUUCUCUUAUCAGAGCAGAUUAUAGUAUAUCCCUCUGAUUUGAGUUAAAGUUAAUUAUAAGCUCACAAUAUUUCAAUUUGGUGCUUCAAAAUAUAUAAUACACACACACACACACACACACACAUAUAUAUAUAUAUAUAUAUAUAUAUAUAUAUAUAUAUAUAUAUAUAUAUAUAUAUAUAUAUAUAUAUAUAUAUAUACACAAACAUUAUAUGGCCACGAGGAUAGUGAUACAACGGAAAGAGAGAGAGAGAGAGAGAGAGAGAGUAUAUGCCCGCGAGGAAAAUACUACUCAAAAGCAUUGGUUGUCAACCUGGGGGCGCCCCCACUAGUGGGGAGGGGGGUCAGUAAUUUCCAGGGGAAGCGUGAGCCCUGGGGAACAAUUAAAAAUUCUCUAAUUAUAUUCGUUAUUCCCUGGACAAGAGAGAGGGAGUAAUGUUCAGAAGUUUAAGGAAAAAAACCAAAAGUAUCGCGCUAUCACGUUAGUUUCCUAUAGUCUACUAUAUACUCGAGUUUGUUGGGGCUUACCAUGUUUUGUAAUGAUUAACCUGCCUCCCUAUCACCUCGGAACCUCUUCUCUCUCUCUCUCUCUCUCUCUCGUUUUUGUUCAUUUUCCUUUAAAUCAGGGAGGUAAUUUUACUCACAGAUGCAAAGGGGAGCCUGGCGGGAAGGACCAACCCUUAGUGGGGGCGUUGGCGGGAAGGACCAACUCUUAGAGGGGGCGUUGGCGGGAAGGACCAACUCUUUUAGGGGGCGUGGCAAUAAAAAGGUUGAGAACCACGGCUCUGAAGCAUUUUUGAAACAAACUACAUACAAUCGAACGCAAGAAAUAACCACUAGAUUAGGGAGAUAUAUAAACAUUUUAAAGGAAGACAGGGGUCGUCUCAUUUAGAGGUAGCUGCUCUGGCUACAGGUGUAGGAAGAGCUCUUCAGGAUCAAAUUAGGUGAUGGAUAAAAACGAGGGGAGACGAAGAACAUUGAUACAAUCACUGAGAAUCUUUAGUUUUUCUUUUAGCUCUCCUUCGAACGUCUGCGAAACGGGGUGAAGAAGAGUGUAGAUAUCAUACCGAAUGUAUUCAAUGUUAUUAAUCAAUAAACAAGAAACACGUCA